AUGGAGUAUGAUACAGGGCUUCCUUUCAACUGUGUUAACUAUAAAACUUUUGAUAAAUUCAUUGAGGUCGUAGGACAAUAUAGCCCAGGAAUGAAGCCUCCUAGCUAUCAUGAAGUUAGAGUAACUCAUCUUAAAAAAGAGGUGAAGAAGAUAGACCAAAUUAUUGAGGAGCAUAAAGUGGAAUGGAACAAGUUUGGAUGUUCCAUUAUAAUGGAUAAAUGGAUAGUACGGAAUGAAAAAAUGAUCAUAAAUGUGUUGGUGAACUCUCCAAGAGGGAGUGUUUUUCUUGAAUCUCACGAUGCUAGCAACUCUUCUACGGAUGGAAUCAAAAUAUACAACUUGUUUAGAAAGACUAUUGAUAAAAUUGGAAAGCAAAAUAUUAUACAAAUUGUUACAGAUAAUGCUAGUGAGAAUGUUAGUGCGGGUAGGAUGAUGGAAGCUAUGUAUCCACAUAUUUAUUGGACUCCAUGUGCUGCCCAUUGUAUCAACUUGAUGUUUGGUGACUUAUUCAAGGAAAACCCAUAUGCUUCAGUUUUCACUAAGGCCGUCAGGGUAUAUUCUUACAUCAGUCAGAGGCCGUUGUUGAAUUUGAUAAGGAAAUUUACAAAUGAAAGAAAUUUGAAAAACUUGAGAAAGCUAGUUCUUUCAAAUGAAUGGAAAGAUAAUAGAUAUGCAAAGGAAGCUGCGGGGAAAAAAACUGCCAAAGUUCUCAUUUCUCCAUCAUUCUGGAAUGACGUCGUUCGGGCUCUUAAAGUUGGUAGUCCUUUGAUUAGCGUACUUCGUAUGGUGGAUGGAGAGAGAAAAUCACCAAUGGGCUAUCUUUAUGAAGCUAUGGAUAGAGCCAAAGAGACUAUUGCAGCAUCAUUUGAAGGAGAUAUUAGGAAAUAUGAGAAAGUUUUUGAGAUAAUUGAUACCAGGUGGGAGAAUCAACUCCAUCGACCUUUGUAUGCAACAGGCCAUCUUCUUAACCUGGGAUUAUUUUACAAGAACACUGUAGAUGAAACUUUAGCUUCAGAGCGACGAUAG